CGCGUGCGGUGCGGUGCCAACGAAAAGGAGAUUUCCUUCUUUGCGAGCGAAGUAAGACGUGGAAAUGGCAUUUGGUUGUGAGUGCGAAUGGCCCCGAUGUUGCACGAACAUUCAUACUCGAAGAGUGUCGGAGAUGACGUCUUCUGUCACUACCAUGACAGCAACACCGAAGACCAGGAGCAUACGAAUGAUGCACUUAACGACUGUGUCGGGUUUCAGGGCCAACGGAGCAAGAGGAUAUGAAUGAUCCGUCUUUCAGAGGCAUCAGACCUGACGAAUCACGGCGCGGCGGCGAUUCGGGGCUACCUCUUCCCAAUCAAUCUCUGCUGCUGGAGGCCGUAUGUGCAUGUCGCCCGAGGUGAGAUAUAUAUCGGCAUCAAACAAUGCGACGCCUUUCAACACUCGUCGUUCCUCAAAGACGCGCGCGUCGCCGCCGCAGGUGUCAAUUGAAGUGGCGAAGGAGGAGAAGGAAGAGGCGGAUGUUGGUGGCACAGAAGAUAGCGGGGGUCUUUGCGGGUUGAGUACAUGAUGAUUGAUGCAGAUAUUGUCCUCGAUAGAUUGAUCUCUCUCUCGUGCCACAAGCCACAGAUGACGAUCUUGGCAGGAACAGGGUGGGGAUCCUUGUCUCGCAUGGUUGGAAGUUGGAACAGUAGUGUCAUGCAGACGUCAACGGCAGCUGCAAGGCUGCAGUGCUCGUGCGGUGGAGACUACUGGAAGUUCUACAUAUGCGAGGACGAUGCGCAGUGCUGAGCUCGGAGUGCAUUGAUGGAGACGGACGGUUCGAUGGGAGGCGCCAUCGAGAGCGACAGGAAGCUGCGAGUGUCACUGUCACGUCGGACGGUAUGAUGUAUGAUGCAACACUUGCACUACCGUGGCAGAAGUUGGCACAAGAACUGAUAUUGGAUGUUUAAUGCAGUGCGUCGGCGUCGGCGUCGGCGUCCGCAUCGGCGAGAGCGCUGAUUGGCGCUGAUGCUGGUUAUUGCGACAGCAGUCGUCAACUUUGUUUCCGCCGCGCCGUCUAAACCUUCUCGCACUUC